UUUUUUUAACCAGCGCAUUUCCGGUUCUGUCGUGCGCUUUUUCCGCUGACGUGCCAGAGCUCAUGACAGACCACCAGGCGCACCGGUGAGCCUCCUUCUCUGCUGACUCAGUGCCUUAACAGCAGUCACUUCAGCCCGUGAUACAGCAUCCAGUCGCUCCUCCGGCUCCGAACCCGCGCUGCAGACAUGGAGAAGACCGCCAUCGCUUACAAAGAGAAGAUGAAGGAGAUGUCAGUCUUCUCACUCCUCUGCUCCUGUCUCUACCCUGAGAGCCGCAAAAACAUCAUGGGGGACUUUGAAGAAUUGGACAUCAAGCCUCUUAACAAGCGCGCCUCAGGCCAGGCCUUUGAGGUCAUCCUGAAACCGCCCUCCCCUGUGUCAGAUGUGGCUCACUGCAUCUCCAGCCCCCCGAAGAGAGACAUUUCCCUGGAGGACAUCCAGAAGAAACUGGAGGCAGCCGAGGACCGAAGAAGAUCUCAGGAGGCGCAGAUCCUCCGGAUCCUGGCUGAGAAGCGAGAGCACGAGCGCGACGUGCUGCUGAAAGCCAUGGAGGAGAACAGCAACUUCAGCCGCAUGGCUGAGGAGAAGCUGCAGAUGAAGAUGGACCAAAUCGAGGAGAACCGGCAGGCCUACCUGGCUGCCUUGAUGGAGCGCCUGCAAGAGAGGGAGAGGCAUGCUCAGGUGGUGCGCAGGAACAAAGAGCUGAGAGAAGAAUUGUUGCCAUGAGAGGCCCGAACAGGCCCUUACACCCCACCUCCAAACCUUUUACCAACACAGUCAGCAGCCCUGAGGAACACCCCGUCCCACCCCUAACUUCUCCCACGUACCUCUUCCCCAGUCCCCACCAUCCGCCCCACUAUUCUACUAUGAAACUACUCGAUGACAAAUGAGGUUGGGGUGGAAAUUAUCCCCAAAAAAAAUAAAAAAAAGAAAAAUUCAUGGCUCAUGCCAACUCCUUCCAAAACGAAUGUUUUUGCUUAAAUGACAAGAAAAAAAUUGUUUGAAAAAUGUCAUUGAUUUUUUGUAAAUACUUGUUUUGUUAUAUACAAGCAGCUGAAGUAUUGAUUGCAGUGUGCCAUUUUUUAUAUAUAGGUUUUCUGCUCUUUGGUUCAUUUCAGCCUGAGAUUGUUUUUGUUUUUUCUUUUGUUUUUGUGUUAAUCUUGUUACAGCCUUUAGAUGUCUGUUGUGAGUUUGCCAGCUAGCUGAUGUCCUGCCACGACUGGCCGCGUCCUCCGGAAGCCUGCAUGCUGGCACUCAAACUUUUGACCCUGCAGAUUUGGAAGCAAUAUCUGAUCUGGUUGGAGUCCAGUCAGUGUUGUGAGCAAAAUUCAUAAGUGGGGACGGCGAGUCGUGGCUGCACAUCCACUCCUGUGAAGUAGGUAGUGACUGUGCCACAGGAGAACACUUUAGCAUUUAAUGAGCCCUCUUCCUCUCUCCUUCGUCUUCAUCUCUCCACACACAUGUAUGCUGUGUAGACACGCCCUCCACACAGGGGGAACGCACCAAAUACUGUGUAUCUGCAGCCAUCAAACAUCCCUGAUAAAGAUGAGCCUACAGUCACUGCUCAAUCGAGGUGCAUUAUGGGAUUGCAGCAAACUUGAGUCAAAUCAAAAUAGUAAUUUCCACCUUUCUCCAUUUCAUCAUCAUCUGGACUCCCUGCACUCCAUACCAACAUGUUAGGCACAGAGGAAAUGAAAAAACCAUAACGGCGAUCCACCAACACAGUAUUUGCUACUGAAGGGCAUAUAUGUUGAAAAAUGCAAAUCGUUUGUGAGGAGGGAUGUUGAAACCCGAGGUGGAGCUCUGUCGGUGUGUGGGAGGGACUGUGUGAGUGUUUUUCAGGAGAGGUUUGACUUGACGCGUGAAAACAUCUGACAGUGAGCAUCCUAUCUGCCUCUCAUUCUCUUCCGUGUCCAUUUGUGUGUUCCCCUCUCUUCACAUAUAUCUUUGUGAGCAAGCAGUGGUGAAUAAAGAUUUUGGGGUUCAGUGAACAAAAA